AUGAGGCAGCCGGGGAUUUACUCCGGGAUCCUGUCGAGCGGGAGAAAGGAGCCGCACUCGCUGCCGUUGGCGAGGAUAAAGAAGAUCAUGAAGAGAUCCGGCGACGACGUCAAGAUGAUCUCGGGAGAGGCGCCCAUCGUGUUCGCCAAGGCCUGCGAGCUCUUCAUCGAAGAGCUCGCUCGCCGCUCAUGGAACGUCGCCGUCCAGGGCAAGAGGAGGACGCUGCACAGGGAGGAUGUGGCCUCUGCUGUGGCCGCCACCGAGGUUUUCGACUUCCUUGUAGGGUUGGUCGCUGAUGAUGACCAUAAUAACGGCGGCGGCGGCGGUAGCCGGAGUAACAGUGCCAACUCGUCGGCCGGAGGGGCCUUAAAUUAA